AACCACCACCAUGGCGGACGACGACGAGCAAGAAGAGAAGAGACAAGUCAUUGAACAAAUUGAAAAUUUCAGACGCGCAAAUGCAGUGCUACAAGCAGAGACCGAUAUGUUUGAGCGAUAUCUUAAUCGCAUAGAGCCGCAAUUUUCUGCACUUGACGCAGCAGUGGAUACGAACCGUGGGAGGAAGACCAACAGAUCACGAACAAUGACCCAGGACAAGAUUCAGCGGCUGACCCUCGAGCAAAAAUGUGAUGUUGCACAGAGGGAGAUGGAUGAGAUGAGAGAGGAUCUUCAGAAACUGAAAAACACUUCGGAGAGAGUGAUGCUGAACCUUAAGGCUACCUUGGAGGAAGCUGAUGUGCAACUGGUGGAGGUGAAGAAGUCGAGCAAUGAGUUUGACCGUGAUGUGGCCAAGGUCCUGCGCGAGAAGAAAGGGGCCAUGAUGGGUGCAGAAAAGAUCCUUCGUUAUUUUGAAGACAGGAUGCGAGCAAAGGACACACUGGUGGAGAAGCUGCGUCUGAAGAACUCGGCGCUGCACGUGCAGAAGCGCAAGCUGAUCCUGCAGAUGCGUCAGAAGGAGGAGAUGGGCGAGGCGCUGCACGAGGUGGACUUCCAGCAGCUGAAGAUCGAGAACAGCCAGUACCUGGAGCGCAUCGACGAGCGCAACCAGGACCUGCUGAGGCUCAAGCUGAUGGCAGGGAACACCCUGCAGGUCCUCAACUUGUACAAGUAACCAGCUGAGUCUGUU